AUGGGCGAGCUACCAUGGAUGCGUAAGUACCUCCAUGAUGCAGAUGCAAGGCAUACCAUGGAUGAUGGUCCAGAGAUACAACAAAUAAUAGAAAUAAUCCACAAGGCCGAAGAUAUCAUAGAUGAUUUCUUCUUCCAGCGAAGAAUAAAGAGACGUCCUGUUGUUGAGGAGCUGAAUGUGGUGGGGAUGGUAGAUAGCAUCAAACAAGUAACAUCAUUACUUAUUCCGCCAAACUCGUCAUCAUCUUUAGGAGAUCAUAACAAACAACGGCGCAUGGUGAUCUCUAUCGUUGGGAUGGGUGGCCUGGGAAAAACUACUGUUGCUACAAAUAUCUAUAAGAGUAAAAAUACUGAGCGAUACUUUGAUGUCUCUGCUUGGGUUUAUGUUUCUCAGGAGUUUAGGGUUGUCGAUCUCCUAUGUAGUAUUAUAGGACAAGUUACAAGGAAUAGCUAUCACAAUAUCAAUGAAAAGGACGAGGGGGUGUUGAGGGUGAUGCUUUACAAUUACUUGGAGGAACGUCGUCACAAAAGAAUACUGGUAACCACUCGCAGUUUAGAAGUUGCUAGAUUUGCUGAUCCCUCACAUGAUAAUAUCCAUGUAUUGCGGCUUCUAGACAGUGGAGAGAGAGGGAUAUUAUUGAUCAAAGACAAGACACUAGCCGCAUGGUCUAAAGUACAUGAUAGUGUAAACUGGGAACUAACACAUGGUGAGAAGUCUUACUUGUGCUCUGGAAUCUUGGCCUUCAGUUACUAUGACAUGCCUUAUUACCUGAAGCCUUGCUUUAUGAAUACUGGUCUUUUUCCCGAGGAUCAUGAGAUACGCGCAUCCAAGUUGUUUCAUUUAUGGAUCGCAGAGUGGUUUGUCCAAAGGGAAGGGGAAAAAACACUGGAAGACACUGCAGAGGAUUACUUGGAAGAAUUGAUCCACAGAAGCCUGAUUAAGAUUGAGAGGAGGAGGUAUGACGGAAGAGUAAAAACUUGUCGUAUACAUGAUCUACUUCGUGAUCUUGCCAAUGCAAAAUCUAAAAAGCUUCGCUUUCUUCAAAGAUUCCAAAUUGCUAACAGUGCUGGAUUAUCGAGAGCAGUAUGGAUGACUUUAAUAAUAAAAGGAAAGUGCAUAUUCAUGCCGGACAUUUGGAGUUUGCAUCAACUACGGCAUCUGGACGUUGAUUUCACAUUCUCAGAAGAGCAUAGAGUUCUGUCUAAUCGUCACCUGGUGAUUGAUAACUUAACAAAUCUCCAAACAUUAUCGAUUUCUAAUGGGUUUUGGAUAAAUGAUGUCAGGUGGGACAGAUUGAAGAUGCUCAGAAAGUUUUCCAUAACUACUUUUGGCCAACAUCGAUUCAGAAAAGAAUUCGUUGAUUCCAUAGCCGCAGUCCGCAGCCUCCAAUCUCUUAAGCUAAUGUUUGGAAAAGAAAUACAAAUAGCGACGCAGUUAGCGAAGAAUACCAAUCUCACUAAGUUGUAUCUACGAGGACCACUACCAAAGUUUUCGUUCCCAUCUAACCUCGUCAAGCUGAUUUUGUCCUCGUCAGACAGAUCGGAUACAGAUUUAAUGGAGGUUCUAAGAAAGCUUACCCGCUUCAAAUUUCUAGAGUUCCGUCCUCUUUCGUACACUGCAAGGACAAUGACCUUCUCAGCAGGAUUAUUUGUCAGGCUUCAGUCCUUGGAGAUUGCAGGUUUCCCUGAUUUAUGUGAGUUGAUAAUGGAGGAUGGAUCAUUGAUUAGCUUAACUCACCUUGUAAUUCGCAGUUGUGGGUUGUUGCGGAAACUUCCCGAGAGAAUAGAACAGCUGCAACUUCAAGUACUACAACUAAAUAACAUGCAUCCUCGACUCACUGACAGAUUAAAAGAGAAUGUGGGAGAGAAUUGGGACCAAAUUAAGCACAUAUCCUCAGUCGUCAUCACACAGUAG